UUGGAACUUGUUUAUAAGCGCGAUAUUCUCCGUAAUUUUAGAAAUAUAAUUUUGAUUUACUAAUUGUCUAAACUAUGUGAUGUAUUAAUCGUGCUUAAGUUUAUAAAUGUCGUUUAAAAGGUCGCGUGUGUUAUCCGCAAUGCAAUGUUCCGAACGUGCUUCUACCCAAAAGCUUAACAUUGUUGUUUCUGCGUGCUUUGUUGACAAUCGCAAUUGCAAAGAGUAUUGCUGAAUUGACAAACUCACAAUGCGGCCAAAGGAUCACCCCGAUCUGCGUUUUGAUGUGAUCCCAAAGUUGUUCGAUGCCCACUUUAAGGUGUUUGUGACGAGCCUGAUCCACGUGGAGGAGCAGCUCACCCUGCUGCCCCGCCAAUUCUGUCGGAUGUACACCACACGUCCGCUGGCCAACCAACUGCAUCAGUAUCUGAGAUUCCGCAACGCGAACAUCAAGGAGCAGGACUUCAAGGUGGUGGAGGAGGGUCAGCCCUUUCCGCUGAUCCUCAGCGAUGGCAAGCGCCUGGAGGCGAUGCUCUGCUCGGGUAGUCACCUGGGCCACAGCCUCAUCCUGCUCAUCCGGCGGCAGCAGGGUGGCAGAUUGCUCUACAGCUACUCGGCGACGAGGCUGGAUAACCUCGGUCGACUGCUGGGCAACUCCAUCUUCAACUCAUGGAUCGCCGAGGGCACCGAGCAUCUGUACCUCAAUCUCUCCUCCGUGAACGAACCCUUCGAACCAGUGGAUUUUGAUGAGAUGGCCAUUACAAUAGAGGAAUAUGCCACCAAAAAGGAUAACAGCGUGGUGUGUUUGAAUCUGCCACUAUUUGGCUACGAGGAGAUGCUCUGGAAGCUGGCACACACGCGACUCAGUGGACAUAUAAAACUUGGUGAGGUCUUCUUGGACAGCUAUAGGUGCCUUAGUUCCGAUCUGGAGCGAUUUAAGCGAAAGAAUUAUUUGCCAAAGGUUUAUGUCUGCAAAUCGUUGGGGCACGCUCAACUAAUGUAUCGGACGCGAAAUGUGGUUUUUCUUGAAUUAAAACACCUAAAGUGGUCGCCUCAGCCAACUAGAAUGCAUCUGCGUCAGCUUUGCAGCCUUCUGCGACCGCAGCACAUCCAGGGUAUCGUGCACUUCCAUUCGGAUGGCGUUGUCCCGCACAUUCCGCCAUUCCUGAAGAGCUUCAAGGCAAACUAUUCGCCGCAGAAAGACAGCCUAACGACAUCAAAGCCACAAGGAGAUGCACAGGCGAAGGCAGCAAAGCAAGGACCCUAUCGUGCUUUUACGAAAAGGAAGCGCUUUGAAUUCCUGGACGAUGCAGACGAUAGCAAUGAUUCGGAUUAAAAACUGGUUAAUUACAUUAGGAAAACGGUUGCGUUUCUGUUUUGCAUUUCGGUUUGU